AUGGCUAGAUCGGGGGAUUCCAUUCACUUCUCAGACAGAAGACACAGACGACGUUUACAACUGAGACAAAAGCUCAUGGAACAAGAGAUCUUGGAACUCAAAAACUACCUUCCUGAGUGGACUGCCGCAAAACAGCACGAGAAACCAGGAAUAUUCACAGCCAUAGCUCGAGCGGCAAGGUUGUUUGCUCCGAAGCUUGACCAUGGACAAUGGAAAAAGAGGAAGCAGAUCUAUAAAACCUGGUUGUUCAACAACAAGAAAAAGAAGGAAACGAAGGACAUGAUAAAGUAUGGGAGGAAAUGGACCCCUAGGAUGGUGGUCUAUCAGCAGAACAGAGAUGAUGUGCUCAAGAGGAUCGAGGCGGAAUACGGGGCGAAGCCAGGAGCUCCGGAUAUGUUCAAGUAUUACCAGGCAACCAUCCGGAAGGUGAUGGAAGAAUUGUCUGAUGAAGAGUUGGAGAAGGCGAAAGAAACAGCCGACGAAUGGUCCAACAACAUUCCUCCUCCCGAGAUCCAAGUGCAAGUCGCCAGUAAGAAGGGACCCGCAUACAUGGAGCACUUCUCCAAUGAGAUGUGGAGACAAUGCAGGAUGAGAGUGUUUGUAUUGUCUGCCUGGAAGAAUGAGCAGGGCAAAGUGCUAUUUGGAAUGCACGAUGAUAAUGAGGCAUUGGGAGACGGGGACAGCUUCAUGAAGACAAAGGACUGGGAGGAUAUCGAACCAAUUUGGCAGGAGUAUGCACAAGCACAGUUCGGUGCCAAGGCAAGGGAUGGCGAAUGA